AUGGCGCACGUGGUGCCGCGAGAGCUGGACUUGAACGGCUAUGGCCAUGACUCGAUAGUGGACAAAAUCAAUGCCGUUCCUGGCUUGAAGACUAGCACUGCUUUCUUCACCUUUCUGCGAGCAAACCUUGUAGUCAACCCAUCCGCCAUGUCCUCGAAUGCCAACACGCCGAUGCUCGAGCCGUCGUCCUCAGGAAUGCUUCCUCUACCGUCGCCAUACCCGCUAGCCACCAUCGACGCACCCUCGAAUCCCGACCUGGACGAUAUACCCCCCCUCUCGGUCGGCGUAGUGAACGAGGAUCAAGACAAGGUGGAUGCGCUCAAUCUAGUGGCCGACUCGAUCGCCCAACAGCGCCAGAUCGCCUCGUUACACCUCGUUUUUCACCCGUACCUGCUCGCGAUCCUUGCCAUGUUUAUUGCGAUGGCGUUCCAGUAUUCGUGGCGCAUGAAACGGGACCUGGGAGUGGCUCUGAUGUUGCACUCAGGAGUCAUCAUGACGUACCUUCUGGGUAUUCGCUAUUUCACGGGCCGAUAUCUCCAAGUGGCGGAAGAUCUGAAGUGGGACUGGAUGGUGGCCGAGGACGGGGAAGAGGAUAUGGUCGUCGCGGUACGGUUUGGAUCCGCUGUGAUCGGGGCUUUGAUCCUACGACUCGAGCCGAACUCAAUUCUGACGGGCAAGAAGAGGAACCGGGCGUCAGUGUUGAAGGGUGGCAAGGGUGUGAUUCGGGCCUGGACGGUGAAGCUCAAGUAUCGGGGUACGGGAGUGGGCACCGACAUGCUUCACGAGGCAGUUAAGGUCACCCGGAAUUCCUGCGGGAAAGACGCCGAGGUUGGAUUUGCAAAGGAGCACGCCAACAGCACUAUGGUGUUGCCGGAGAUUUUCAACGGACACUUCAGAAAAGGCGAACGGAAGGCCGCGAUGGCGUUGGAAGGUGUUCUGGCGGGAUGGGAAGGGAGUAGGCGGAAGCGAUAG